AUGAAGAUACAAAAUAGUGAUCCGCCGGGGGUUGUUCGAAUCAAGCGGAAGCGGACGGAUGAACCACUUCAAGCUUUAUUGUUUGAGGAAGCUCCAACACAUAAACGUGUGAGGAAAGGUACUUCCAGUUUUGUGUUUAAGCUUGCACGAACAGAGGAAAGGCUACUAUCAGGAAGUAAAGCGGCUUUGGUAUUGAAUAGAGAGGAGGAAAAUAGUGGGGGCAAGAACCUAUUCAGUAUACCAAAGGUUAAGAGAAAAGAUAUAGCGAGAGAAAAAGGAGAUGAAGAAACAAAAGAUGAAAGUGGGCCUGAAGUCAGCCCAGAAAUCUUGGAUAUGGUGAGCAGCUAUUUGAGCGGGGAGGAGGGAAAUGGACAAGAAAAGCCAAAAGAUGGUAUUGCUGAUAAUAACAGUGCGCAAAACACUGAUUAUGUGUAUGAUGUGUACUACAGGAAACCAAUAGACAGAGAUUGGCAUGCUUCUGACAACAUUGGAUAUGUGAAAUUGUCCGAGGAGGAACUUGAAGAGUUAGAUAACAACAUGGACUCGAAAACUUUACCAAAUACGGAUGACGAAGACUCAAACUCUGAGGAUUACUACCUCAACGAUUAUCCGGAAGACGAGGAUGGUGAGCUUGAUGAUGACAGCUAUGAAGGUCUUGCCUCUGAUGGAGGGAGUAAUGAUAGCGAUAAUUUUGAUGCAAGUUCAAGCGAAUUGGGAGAUCGGUUUCCUGAUCAGGUCUCGGAUAGGCAAGAAAUGGGCCAAAAUUUGACGGAUGAUGAUUAUUUCCGUACAGUACGGAGUGAACAGUAUGCAAGCGAUAGCGAGGAUGAGGGUGGAACGGAAUUCAAAAGACACGACUUCUUUCCGAGUGAUACAGAUGACCCAUUAGCAAUUCAUCGGGAUAAGAUAUUUGACAAACUGGCUCGGAUGAUAAAAAAACAGACUGAGAAUGGAAGUUAG